AUGUAUCCCAAUGGCGACCAAAACAAGGGCAAUGUGCCCCCCCAAUUUACUCCAAUGCAAACCCUACCUCAAAAUUUUUCCCCUUGGUCCACUGGACUUUGCGGUUGUUGUGAAGAUCCAACUAACUGUUUCACCACAUGCUGCUGCCCUUGCAUCACAUUCGGGAGGAUUGCCGAAGUAGUAGACAGAGGAACCACUUCUUGUGCGGUGAGCUCGUCCUUGUUUUGUUGCUUGUUGUGGUUCACGUGCUGCCCUUAUCUGUAUUCGUGCACCUAUCGGUCUAAGCUGAGGGGGCAGUUCAAUUUGGAGGAAUCGCCUUGUGCUGAUUGCCUUGUUCAUUGGGCUUGUGGAUAUUGUGCUCUUUGUCAAGAGUAUAGAGAACUCAAGAACCGGGGCCUUGAUCCAUCCUUUGGGUGGCAGGCAAAUGCAGAUAGGAUGAACCGUGGAGUUGUGACCCCACCAGCGAUAGAAAAUGGCAUGAGCCGUUAG